CCGGAGGAGCUCAGGCUGGGCAGAUGCUGCGGCUCGCCGCGCGGCUCCAGCUGGGGCGCGGUGGUCCCGAGGGUCACCCGAAUCGUAGGGAGUCGCCGCUGGACAGGGGCUCGGCGCCCGGCAGGGACUGCAGGCAAUGACCCAGGAUGCAGCCAGGGGCCACGACAUGCACGGAGGACCGCAUCCAGCAUGCCCUGGAACGCUGCCUGCAUGGACUCAGCCUCGGCCGCCGCUCCACCUCCUGGUCAGCUGGGCUGUGUCUGAACUGCUGGAGCCUGCAGGAGCUGGUCAGCAGAGACCCGGGCCACUUCCUUAUCCUCCUCGAGCAGAUCCUGCAGAAGACCCGAGAGGUCCAGGAGAAGGGCAGCUACGACCUGCUCACCCCCCUGGCCCUGCUCUUCUAUUCCACUGUUCUUUGUACACCACACUUCCCACCAGACUCGGAUCUUCUUCUGAAGGCAGCCAGCACCUACCACCGGUUCCUGACCUGGCCUGUUCCUUACUGCAGCAUCUGCCAGGAGCUGCUCACCUUCAUCGAUGCUGAACUCAAGGCCCCAGGGAUCUCCUACCAGAGGCUGGUGAGGGCUGAGCAGGGUCUGCCCAUCAGGAGUCACCGCAGCUCCACCGUCACCGUGCUGUUGCUGAACCCAGUAGAAGUGCAGGCCGAGUUCCUCGCUGUAGCCAAUAAGCUGAGCACCCCCGGACACUCGCCUCACAGUGCCUACACCACCCUGCUCCUGCAUGCCUUCCAGGCCACCUUUGGGGCCCACUGUGACGUCCCGGGCCUGCACUGCAGGCUGCAGGCCAAGACCCUGGCAGAGCUUGAGGACAUCUUCACGGAGACCGCAGAGGCACAGGAGCUGGCAUCUGGCAUCGGAGAUGCUGCAGAGGCCCGGCGGUGGCUCAGGACCAAGCUGCAGGCGGUGGGAGAAAAAGCUGGCUUCCCUGGGGUGUUAGACACUGCAAAACCAGGGAAGCUCCAUACCAUCCCCAUCCCUGUCGCCCGGUGUUACACCUACAGCUGGAACCAGGACAGCUUUGACAUCCUGCAGGAAAUCCUGCUCAAGGAACAGGAGCUGCUCCAGCCAGGGAUCCUGGCAGAUGAUGAAGAGGAGGAAGAGGAGGAGGAGGAGGAGGAGGAGGAGGACUUGGAAACUGACGGGCAUUGUGCCGAGAGAGACUCCCUGCUCUCCACCAGCUCUUUGGCGUCCCACGACUCCACCCUGUCCCUCGCAUCCUCCCAGGCCUCAGGGCCGGCCCUCUCGCGCCAUCUGCUGACUUCCUUUGUCUCAGGCCUCUCGGAUGGCAUGGACAGCGGCUACGUGGAGGACAGCGAGGAGAGCUCCUCCGAGUGGCCCAGGAGGCGCGGCAGCCAGGAACGCCGGGGCCACCGCAGGCCUGGGCAGAAGUUCAUCAGGAUCUAUAAACUCUUCAAGAGCACCAGCCAGCUGGUACUGCGGAGGGACUCUCGGAGCCUGGAGGGCAACUCGGACACGGCCCUGCCCCUGCGGCGGGCAGGGAGCCUCUGCAGCCCCCUGGACGAACCAGUAUCGCCCCCUUCCCGGGCCCAGCGCUCCCGCUCCCUGCCCCAGCCCAAACUCAGUACCCAGCUGCCCAGCUGGCUUCUAGCCCCCGCUUCACGUCACCAGCGCCGCCGCCCCUUCCUGAGUGGAGAUGAGGAUCCCAAGGCCUCCACGUUACGUGUUGUGGUCUUUGGCUCCGAUCGGAUUUCAGGGAAGGUGGCCCGGGCAUACAGCAACCUUCGGCGGCUGGAGAACAAUCGCCCACUCCUCACACGGUUCUUCAAACUUCAGUUCUUCUAUGUGCCUGUGAAGCGAAGUCACGGGACCAGCCCUGGUGCCUGUCCACCCCCUCGGAGCCAGACGCCCUCACCCCCGACAGACUCCCCUAGGCACGCCAGCCCUGGAGAGCUGGGCACCACGCCAUGGGAGGAGAGCACCAAUGACAUCUCCCACUACCUCGGCAUGCUGGACCCCUGGUAUGAGCGCAAUGUGCUAGGCCUCAUGCACCUGCCCCCUGAAGUUCUGUGCCAGCAGUCCCUGAAGGCUGAAGCCCAGGCCCUGGAGGGCUCCCCCACCCAGCUGCCCAUCCUGGCCGACAUGCUACUCUACUACUGCCGCUUUGCCGCCAGACCGGUGCUGCUGCAAGUCUAUCAGACGGAGCUGACCUUCAUCACUGGGGAGAAGACGACAGAGAUCUUCAUCCACUCCUUGGAGCUGGGUCACUCCGCUGCCACACGUGCCAUCAAGGCUUCGGGUCCUGGCAGCAAGCGGCUGGGCAUCGAUGACGACCGGGAGGCUGUUCCUCUAACACUACAGAUUAUUUACAGCAAGGGGGCCAUCAGUGGACGAAGUCGCUGGAGCAACCUGGAGAAGGUCUGUACCUCCGUGAACCUCAACAAGGCCUGCCGGAAGCAGGAGGAGCUGGAUUCCAGCAUGGAGGCCCUGACGCUAAACCUGACAGAAGUGGUGAAAAGGCAGAACUCCAAAUCCAAGAAGGGCUUUAACCAGAUUAGCACAUCGCAGAUCAAAGUGGACAAGGUGCAGAUCAUCGGUUCCAACAGCUGCCCGUUUGCUGUGUGCCUGGACCAGGAUGAGAGGAAGAUCCUGCAGAGUGUAGUCAGAUGUGAGGUUUCACCCUGCUACAAGCCGGAGAAGAGCGACCUCUCCUCGCCACCCCAGAGGCCUCCCGACCUGCCGGCCCAGGCCGCGCCUGAUCUCUGCUCCCUUCUCUGCCUGCCCAUCAUGACUUUCAGUGGAGCUCUGCCCUAGUGUGGGCCCAGCGCCAGACUGGACAGAAGCCCUGGGGCAACCUCCUGUGUGAGCCCUGGGACAGUCCCUGUCUGCGGAGAACGGAGUGGUCCUGUGCAGAGACAGAGUCCCACUGUGGGUCCUGCAAUGGGCAGGGUGUGGGGGUACAGGGUUUCUGGGGUCUCAGCAUUCUGGGAAAGGAACAGCUAUCAGGGAGAGAAGGGCCAGACCCCAUAGCCUCUCAGAUUCCUCGCAGUAGAAGAAGGAUGGAUAAAUUGACCUCCAAAGUCCCUGACCACUAGCAUGGUCUAGGAUGCUUUCUAGAAGGAAGAUCUGAGGCUCUGGUGCUCAGGGGGAUGGCUUGGGCCUUUUCUCUCAACCUUGGCUGAGCCUACCCCUUACUUUGUCAAAGACUUGAGGACCCUGUAUGUCUGGAGUUCAAUCCCCUCCUCUCUGGCGGCUCAGGUGACUGAAAUGUGGAUGAAAUAUUUCUCUACUUCAAGACCACCUCUCCCUCCAAACACACACA